CGAAUCCGUGUGUACUGUUGUCUUCAUUCAUGUGACAGUGGGCUGUGGGUGAGUGUCAGGCUGCCGUGGUGAUGAUGUGUGUCUCAGGAUGAUCUCCGCGCGGGACACGGGCGAGCUCGCGCGAUUCUACACGGUUACCGACCCCACGACACAUCGGAAGGGCUACACGGUGUAUAAAGUCACGGCCCGGAUCAUCUCACGGAAGAACCCGGACGACGUCCAGGAGAUCACAGUGUGGAAAAGGUACAGCGAUUUCAAGAAGCUUCAUAGAGACCUUUGGCAGAUACACAAAAACUACUCGGGGCAGUCAGAGCUCUUCCCCCCAUUCGCCAAAGCUAAGGUUUUCGGUCGUUUUGAUGAUUCUGUGAUUGAAGAGAGAAGACAGUGUUCUGAGGAUCUGCUGCAGUUCAGCGCUAAUAUUCCUGCACUGUAUGGCAGUCAAUACAUACAGGAUUUCUUUAAGGGUGGUGAAGUGCAGGACUGCUCUGAGCUCAUUGGUCCGGCUGAGCCCUUCUUUGAUUACUUGGCUGACAGUCUCUCAGUCGGCAGCGCUGAAGGUGUUAGCAGUGGCAGUCAGCUGAGUUGCCGUGCGGUUGAUGCAGACUCUGUGGAGGCAGCGGUUGAUGCGGACUCUUUGACUGCUGUAGAUGAUGGAACGCCAUCGAGCAGCGUUUCUCCAGACCACCCGGCAGCACGCAGCAGCCCGUUUGCCGUCCCGCAGCCAGUGACGUCUCCAAACGGAGUGGGAGUGGAGUCCGGUCGUACCGGUGGGGCUCUGACCUUUGCCCCCAGUCUCAGGAACUGUACGGGGAGGACAGAUUACCUGAAGGAAGCCAGCGAGCAGAUUGCUGUGGCUGUAGAGAAAGAGGUGGAGCAGGAGUUUGCUGCGGCGUUUUCAUACUAUCAUAAAGGUGUUGAUCUCCUGCUGCAGGGUGUGCAAGGGGAAGCGAGUCCCAGCAGACGGGAGGCUGUGAAAAGAAAGACGGCAGAAUAUCUGAUGCGUGCGGAGCUCAUUUCUACGCUCUUGAGAGACAGCAUGGGUCAGAGCUCCACGCAGAGCAGGGGUUUGGGGCCGCAGUGUUGUGGUGUCUCAUGGUCUGAACAGACUCACACAGAUGAGCUGAAACACUACAGAGUGCUGGGUAUCAUUGAUAAGGUGCUAUUGGUGAUGGAUAGGAGAACACAGGAGACUUUUAUUUUGAAAGGUUUGAGGAAAAGCAACGAGUGUGGACGUGUUAAAAAAACGGUCAUUCCCCGUUCUGUGCCCAACAUGGUCGGACUGGAGAAAUGUAUCAUCUCGGAGGACUCUAUAUUUCUGUUACUGCACUACGCUGAAGGUGGCAAACUCUGGUCUCACAUCUGCAAGUAUCUGCACAACAACAGCCCUGACAAAAGCUUCGACAUCCCAUUCAUCCAGAAACCUUACACCACAGUGGUCUGUUCGGCUCCGAGUCCCGUGCCCACGGCCUCCAGUGAUGCAGAUUCCCGGCGAGGGGAGGACGCCGAGCCCCGGAUGAGCGAUCUGAGCCUCGGGGAGUGUCCUCCAGUGGCCCGGCAGCCGGACUCGGACGGCACGUCUGAAGAGGAGUGCACUAACAGCUACCUGACGCUCUGCAACGAGUACGAGCAAGAGAAGGUCGAGCCGGACGCCGCCGAGGAGGCGGAGGAGGUUGCCGCGGUGACGCCGGAACUGAAUCGCACGUGUUCGAUGAUGAGCACGGGUAGCUUGUGUUCGCCGAUUUCGGAGCAGGAGUUGCGUUUCUUUACUGAGGAGGAGCAGUCGACGGGAUCAGUGGAUCGGCGCACGCGGUCGCCCGACUGUCUGAACCAAUCGGCACCCAUGGACCUCUUCUGCGUCGACAGUAAGGAUAGCGAAGACGUGUGCAAGCCGAUACAUUCAGAACCUGAUAUCGAGGUGUCGGAAGAGCCAGCAGAGGAGAACGCUUUGGAUUUCUGGAGGCCUGAUGGCGUUCAGGGCUCGAGCGAGUUGGUGCCAGUGAUUUCUUUUAAAGAGGCCAUACAGGAGGACAGCUGCGUCGUCGAUGAGGCGCAGCCGCCGGAUCUGUUGGUCAACCUCCCGGCGACCGGAGGCGGAGUGACGCACGCGUCCGAGGAGGGGAUUUUAACUGCAGACGGCGCGUUCGCCAUAGGGUCCAAGCCCUCCCCCACGUUCGGCAGGCCGGACGUUCUUCAGCGGGGAGAGGACGCCGAGUCGGACCUGUCCGCCACCUUUGGACCUUCGGAGAAACCGUUUACAGAAUCAGAUAUGCGUACUCUGUCAUCCCUAAAGGCCUCAGACGGGCCGGCUGCAGCUGCUCUCAGACUUCACGAGGACGAUGGAUCGGGAGCCGAGGAGAUUUCAGGGGAGGAGGAUAAGAAAGUGUACAGGUUGUUUCGAGAGCUGGACGAGUUGGCCGAGGUGGCGUUAAACACGCGGAUCCCCGAAGCUCUGGUGAGGAGCUGGGCAGCUGAUAUGGUCGUGGCUCUGGAUGCUCUGCACCAGGAGGGAAUCAUAUGCCGAGACUUGAACCCCGGCAACAUACUGCUGAAUCAUAAAGGUCAUGUGGAGUUAACUUAUUUCUGUAGCUGGAAUGAUGUCGAGGAGUCAUGUGACCCUGACGCUGUCUCAAAGCUGUACUGUGCACCAGAAGUGGGCGGGAUUGGUGAAGAGACGGCUGCGUGUGAUUGGUGGAGUUUGGGAGCGCUUUUAUUCGAGCUGAUAGUUGGAAAGUCCCUAUAUCACUGUCAUCCUGCUGGUAUCAGCAGACACUCAAUCCUAAACAUCCCAGAGUUUGUGUCGGAUGAGGCUCGCUGUCUGCUGGAACAGUUAUUGCAGUAUAAUCCAUUGGAGCGGCUGGGCUCUGGAGUAGCCGGUGUGGAGGAUAUAAAGUCUCAUCCGUUUUUCUCACAUAUCAACUUGCCCAGUUAAACCAUCAGGGAUGUGAUGAAAGAACUGAACUGACUCAAAGACUUUCUAAAAACCAACGGUCAGCAAUGAGAACACAACCCUGCAUCUAAUGUCCUUUUACCAUCUUGUUUUGUACCUCCUAUUACGAGAUGACGUCUUGCAGUUCUCUUAACCUGAGGUCAAAUGGCGUAUUUACAGUACUGUAAAGGUUUACUGUAGAGGUUUGUAAAAUAUGAAAGGCUUUGAGAACAAGUGCAUUUGUUGAACCCAAAUCUACCCAUGUCACAGCUUUUCUGUUCAUACCUCAACUGACAGACUUAAUUUAUCUCUUUAUAUUAUAUAAAUCAUGUACACACACACUGACAGAUAUACAGAUGAAUAUUAUUUUAAUUUUUACAUGAUCUUGAGUACAGUUUACAAUAAGCAACUUGCAGCAUCAUUGCAUGUGUGUACAGAAACCUUUAGUAUGUACUGUAUGGACAUGUACACAUGCGUGAUGUGAUUCUGGCACUAGUACACCCUUCACAUAUUCCUUUUAUCCUGCCCGAUGUUACGAUCAUUCAAUAAACUCUCAAUGAACUUC